AAAGUAACUCGUCGAAUUUUGCGAUUAGUGGCCGAAGGGGACCCUUCGGCAGAUUUGGGUGAUACAUCGACGUUAAUAAACGCUUGGGUGAUCGGUAAGUUAUGGCAGGGACGCUUGUCGACAAGAACACGUAUACAACCAUCGUUCAAAUAA